GAACAUUGUUAACGUAGCCUCGUAAAAUGGCGGAACACGGUGAAGAUAUAGAUGCAGAGAGUGAAGAUGAAUUGUAUGAGGUCAUUAACAUCACAGAUUAUGCCAGGAGACAUCAAUGGUGGAGUCGUGUUUUUGGAAACAGUACAGGACCCAUUGCAGAAAAGUACUCGGUGGCUUCGCAGAUCAUGAUGGGUGGGGUGACUGGAUGGUGUGCUGGUUAUCUCUUUCAGAGGGUUGGGAAAAUUAUGGCGACUGCUGUUGGAGGGGGAUUUCUUUUGUUACAAAUUGCCAACCACAGUGGCUAUGUGCAGGUGGACUGGAGGAAAGUGGAAAAGGAUGUCAAUAAAGCUAAAAAGCAUUUGAAGAAAAAGGCAAACAAAGCAGCCCCUGAGCUCAAUUCCUUUAUAGAAGAGUCUACAGAAUUUGUGAAGAGGAAUAUUGUUAUUUCGGGUGGAUUUGUUGGAGGAUUUCUGCUGGGUUUGGCAUCCUGAAUGAAACCUUGACCCACUGUAUUACUACUGAUCUAAGUUGAGGAUCACAGUGAUACCACACUGAAACUUGAUGUACUGUAAAAAGCGCAGUGUGAAAUGGACAUUUGAUGAGCUAUAGAGCUGUUCAGGUUGUAGCUCAAAAACCCAGAAGAGUAGAAUUUUCAACAUAAUUCAAAAUAAAAAUCAUGGUGGCUUCACAAUUCACAUUUGGGGAAUGACUGUGUAAUUUAUGUUGUAGAACAAAACGGCCAAGUAACGUUUACCACAGACCUUAUACAUUUUAAGUCAGAAGUUUACACACACCUUAUCCAAAUACAUUUAAACUCAGUUUUUCACAAUUCCUGACAUUUAAUCAUUGAAAACAUUCCCUGUCUUAGGUCAGUUAAGAUCACUACUUUAUUUUAAGAAUGUGAAAUGUCAGAAUAAUAGUAGAGAGAAUUAUUUAUUUCAGCUUUUAUUUCUUUCAUCACAUUCCCAGUGGGUCAGAAGUUUACAUACACUUUGUUAGUAUUUGGUAGCAUUGCCUUUAAAUUGUUUAACUUGGGUCAAAUGUUUUGGGUAGCCUUCCACAAGCUUCUCACAAUAAGUUGCUGGAAUUUUGGCCCAUUCCUUCAGACAGAACUGGUGUAGCUGAGUCAGGUUUGUAGGCCUCCUUGCUCACACAUGCUUUUUCAGAUUUAGGUCAGGGCUUUGUGAUGGCCACUCCAAUACCUUGACUUUGUUGUCCUUAAGCCAUUUUGCCACAAAUUUGGAGGUAUGCUUGGGGUCAUUGUCCAUUUGAAAGACCCAUUUGCAACCAAGCUUUAACGUCCUGGCUGAUGUUUUGAGAUGUUGCUUCAAUAUAUCCACAUAACUUUCCUUCCUCAUGAUGCCAUCUAUUUUGUGAAGUGCACCAGUCCCUCCUGCAGUAAAGCACCCCCACAACAUGAUGCAGCCACCCCAUCACGGUUGGGAUGGUGUUCUUCGGCUUGGAAGCCUCAACCUUUUUCCUCCAAACAUAACUAUGGUCAUUAUGGCCAAAAAGUUACAUUUUUGUUUCAUCGGACCAGAGGACAUUUCUCCAAAAAGUAUGAUCUUUUUCCCCAUGUGCACUUGCAAACUGUAGUCUGGCUUUUUUAUGGCGGUUUUGGAGCAGUGGCUUCCUCCUUGCUGAGCAGCCUUUUAGAUUAUGUCGAUAUAGGACUCGUUUUACUGUGGAUAUAGAUACUUGUCUACCUGUUUCCUCCAGCAUCUUCACAAGGUCCUUUGCUGUUGUUCUGGGACAAACUACGUUCAUCUCUAGGAGACAGAAUGCAUCUCCUUCCUGAGCGGUAUGAUGGCUGCGUGGUCCCAUGGUGUUUAUACUUGCGUACUAUUGUUUGUACAGAUGAAUGUGGUACCUUCAGGCAUUUGGAAAUUGCUCCCAAAGAUGAACCAGACUUGUGGAGGUCCACAAUUGUUUUUCUGAGGUCUUGGCUGAUUUCUUUUGAUUUUCCCAUGAUGUCAAGCAAAGAGACACUGAGUUUGAAGGUAGGCCUUAACAUACAUCCACAGGUACACCUCCAAUUCAGUACACCUCCUAUCAGAAGCUAAUUGGCUAAUUGUCUAAAGGCUUGACAUCAUUUUCUGGAAUUUUCCAAGCUGCUUAAAGGCACAGUUAAUUUAGUGUAUGUUAACUUCUGAUCCACUGGAAUUGUGAUAUAGUCAAUUAAAAGUGAAACAAUCUGUCUGUAAACAAUUGUUGGAAAAAUUACUUGUCAUGCACAAAGUAGAUGUCCUAAACGACUUGCCAAAACUAUAUUUUGCUAAUAUUAAAUCUAUGGAGUGGUUAAAAAAUGAGUUUUAAUGACUUCAACCUAAGUAUAUGUUAACUUCUGACUUCAACUGUAAAUCUAAAACUGCAUUUAAAAAAAAAAAAACCCAUAGGAAAAUCCAGAGGUAACCCAUGUCGAAUUAGCCUUCACAUACAAAUUUAAGUCAUGGCUGAACAGCUCUAUUGUUGAACAUACUGUAGUUCCCCAAAAAUGUUGUUCAUCAUAGUAUAUUUCAAACCUCCGGAUGGAGAGAAAAAAUAUCUUGUGCCAAAAACUUUUUUAAAGAAAAUUGUAGGCAUGCUUCAGUGUGAUUUUUUUUCUUUCUUUUAUUUGUUCAUGUUCAGCUUUCUGCUCAUUGUCUAUCUGUAAGAGAUCAAUAUAAAGCUAGUUACAUAAAUUCUUUCUUUCUUUUUUUACUUGGUUUUGAAACAGUUAUUUGAUUAAAUGUUUCUGUAUUUUCUUAGUGAUGUAUUUAUGAAUGUACAGUGUAACCCACCAAUAACAUGUUUGUGAAAAUAAUAAAACAUAGUCUGUUUCUGAUUAUUUUAUGUGUAUUCAUGCAUUUUACAAAAUUAUUAUGUUAUGCAGUUGUGGCACUCCCUAUUAUUGUUUUGUUUUGGUUUUAAAGGAGUAUUCCGGUUUCAAUACAGGUUAAGCGCAAUCAACAGCAUUUGGGGCAUAAUGUUGAUUACCACAAAAAAUAAUUUUACAUUGUAAAAAAUCGAGGUUACAGUGAGGCACUUACAAUGGAAGUAAAUGGGACAAAUUUUUGGAGGGUUUAAAGGCAGAAAUGUGAAGAUUAUUAUUUUAUUAAAGUACUUACAUUUAUUCUUCUGUUAAAACUAAUGUAUUAAUUGAGCUGUAAGGUUGUUUAAUUUGUCAUUUUAACAGUCUUUAGGGUGUGUUGACAUUACAUCAUCAUGGCAAUGAAGUUGUAAAAUUGGCUACAACUUAAAGAAAAGGAUAGUAAACGAUUUUAUCACACCAAAAUCAUGUUAAAACGCAUACUGUUUGUGUCUUCUGGGUAUAUUUUAAAAACAGUAAGAAAAAAAAUGAUUUUUGCUUUUUUAAAAGAAAAGAAGAGUGAAAAUGUAUUUUUGUGGUAAUCAAAAUUAUGCCACAAAUGCUGUCGAUUGAGCUGAACUUGUAUUGAUAAAAUAUACACGCAUGUGUUUGCUGCAUGGUUUGGGAGUGGCAGGAUAUGAAUUUACAAUUGCUAUUUAAAAAAAAUACGCCAAUUUGCCCUUAAAUAUGACGUUCAAACGCAAGUAAUGUUAAUUCCCAAGUUGAAGUACCUCAGUAGAUGAGU